AUGCUUAUCUUUUUGUGCGGUGGCACUUGGGAGCCAAAAUGGAACACCACUUUUGUACCCGGUACGUGGUAUAACUUUGGCGUCGCUCUAUCGCCUGGGUCGUCUGGCAAGGGUCAUGAAGUUAAAUUCUACGAGAGCGAGGGUAACGAAGAGCUUAAACUCAAGACCACACAUACUUUCGAGAAAGACCUCCCGGAAGACUUUGAAUUCCACUUUGGUAUGUUGACUUUGUCGGAUGACGGUAGCGAGCCAAAGAUGAACCCCAAAAAGGACAUUGUGUCUUACAACGGUGUGACUGUUACGGCUGACGUUCCUGCGGUAGCUGGAGGUCCUGCUUGUUCCUAA